AUGAAAUUUUCAAUUUUAAUCUUUAUUUCAGCUGUUCUAGCUUCAACACCAGAAUUGUUAUUUAAAAGAGCUACUUCCUGUGAUAUCCAACCAUGUGUCGAUGCAAGUAAUAUUAUAUCAGAUAAAUGUGACGAUAGUGGAAAUGAAGUUUUAAGUUGUAUAUGUCAAUUAGAUGAUGAUUAUUGGAAUAAAGUAUCAGAUUGUGCUAAAGGAUGUGAUAGUCAAAAUAAUAAUUAUAGUCCAGAUCAAUUGAAACAAUUAUAUUGUCAAGCUGCUCAAUAUGCUUCAGAACAUCCAGAUGCAUUCCCAACUGAAGCUCCAUCUGCUCAAAGUUUUUCAAAUUUAGCUGAUUUUUCAUUCGAUUCAACAAAUACUGAAGAUGCUUCAUCAGCAAUACAAGCUAUUAUUAAUACCUUAUCAGCUUUAUCUCAAUCAGAAGCUAAAGCCUCAUCAACUGGUGGUUCAUCAUCUUCAGGCUCUUCAAGAAGUAGUGGAGGUGCUGGUGCAGUUGCUUCUUCUACCACCGAAGGUUCAUCAUCAUCAGCAACUGCUCAAUCUUCAGGAUCUUCUUCAACUAGAUCAGGCUCAAGUUCAAGUUCAAGUUCAGGUUCAAGCUCACAAGCUAGCUCAAGUUCAUCAGCUUCAUCAAGUCAAGGAAGUAAUGCUGCUGCCGCUGCUACUAUUGGAGGUGGUUCAUUAAUUUCAUUAAUUUUAUUAUCAUUAUUAUAG